UCCUGGAAUGUGCGAGGGGCGUGAUGACAGCAGCUGCCUCCGGGUCUUUGCGCAACACCUUCGCUAUAUAUACCCCAGCGGCUGAACUCUACCUGGUUCCUCCUUGGGUCCAUUACCUGCGCUGGGAGCGCUGAUCAUGGCUCCCUGGCCUGAGCUGGAAAAUGCCCAGCCCGACCCCAAUAAAUACAUGGAAGGGGACACUAGCCAGCAGUCCGCCACACCCGGGAAAGGCAAGGACACUAGCCAAAAUGACAGCGGGACCCCAGUCACCAAGAUCGAGCUUCUGCCAUCCUAUUCCACCGUGGCACUGAUAGAGGAACCCACAGCAGUGGAAGACCCCUGGGACCUGCCCGAGCUCCGGGACACGGGGAUCAAGUGGUCAGAGAGAGACACCAAAGGGAAGAUUCUCUGUGUCUUCCAAGGAAUUGGGAAAUUUAUUUUGCUUCUGGCAUUUCUCUACUUUUUCGUGUGCUCGCUGGAUGUCCUCAGCAGUGCCUUCCAGCUGGUUGGAGGAAAGGUGGCCGGGCAGUUUUUCAGCAACAACUCUAUUAUGUCCAACCCCGUGGCUGGGCUGGUGAUCGGAGUGCUAGUGACUGUCCUUGUGCAGAGUUCCAGCACCUCCUCGUCCAUCAUCGUCAGCAUGGUGGCCUCCUCGUUGCUGACUGUGCGUGCCGCCAUUCCCAUCAUCAUGGGGGCCAACAUUGGGACCUCAGUCACCAACACCAUUGUGGCGCUCAUGCAGGCAGGAGACCGGAGUGAGUUCAGGAGGGCUUUUGCGGGGGCUACUGUCCAUGACUUCUUCAACUGGCUCUCUGUGUUGGUGCUCUUGCCCCUGGAGGCAGCUACCCAUUACCUGGAGAUCCUGACCAACUUGGUGGUAGAGACCUUUAACUUCAAGAAUGGAGAAGACGCCCCGGCACUUCUGAAAGUUAUCACAGAUCCCUUCACGAAACUCAUUAUCCAGCUGGAUAAGAAAGUUAUCAACCAAAUUGCAAUGAAUGAUGAAGCAGCCAAAAACAAGAGUCUGAUCAAGAUUUGGUGUGAAACUUUUACCAACGUGACUCAGAUGAAUGUCACUGUCCCCUCGCCUGAGAACUGCACCUCCCCUUCCCUUUGUUGGUCGGACGGUUCCUACACCUGGACCAUCAAGAACGUGACCUACAAGGAGAACAUUGCCAAGUGCCAGCACAUCUUUGUGAAUUCCAGCCUCCCAGAUGUUGCUGUUGGCAUAAUCCUGCUGUUAGCCUCCCUGCUGGUCCUCUGUGGCUGCCUGAUCAUGAUCGUCAAGCUCCUGGGCUCCGUGCUCCGGGGACAGGUAGCCGUUGUCAUCAAGAAGACCCUCAACACUGAUUUUCCCUUUCCUUUUGCCUGGCUGACUGGCUACCUGGCCAUCCUUGUGGGGGCAGGUAUGACCUUCAUCGUGCAGAGCAGCUCUGUGUUCACAUCUGCUAUGACCCCACUGAUUGGUAUUGGUGUGAUCACCAUCGAGAGGGCGUAUCCACUCACGCUGGGCUCCAACAUCGGCACCACCACCACCGCCAUUCUGGCCGCCUUAGCCAGCCCAGGCAAUACUCUCAGGAGCUCACUGCAGAUCGCCCUGUGCCACUUUUUCUUCAACAUCUCGGGCAUCCUGCUGUGGUACCCAAUCCCAUUCACCCGCCUGCCCAUCCGCCUGGCCAAGGGGCUGGGCAACAUCUCUGCCGAGUACCGCUGGUUUGCCAUCUUCUACCUGAUCUUCUUCUUCUUCCUGACCCCGCUGGCCGUGUUCGGCCUCUCGCUGGCGGGCUGGCCGGUGCUGGUGGGCGUGGGGGCGCCCAUCAUCCUCGUGAUCCUCCUGGUGGUGGUCCUCAGGUUCCUGCAGUCCCGCUACCCGCGCAUCCUGCCCAGAAAGCUCCAGAGCUGGGACUUCCUGCCGCUGUGGAUGCACUCGCUGAAGCCCUGGGACGAACUGAUCUUCCUGCUCACUGGCUGUUGCCAGACGCGCUGCUGCUUCUGCUGCCGGGUCUGCUGCCGCGCCUGCUGCCUGCUGUGCGGCUGCCCGGCCUGCUGCCGCUGCAGCGGGUGCUGCCGGAUCCUGGAGGAGGAGCAGGAUACGCCCAUCAAGGCCCCCAAGGCCUUUGAUAACAUGGCCAUGAGCACAGAGGCCCAGGACGGGGUCCCCAGGUCUCAGGUGGAUGGCCCGGACACAGAGGUCACCUCCAGCAGCACAGCCUUGUAGGGGCUUCCCGGAGGUGGGAAGGGGGGCCACCUCCCCGCUGGCUCCGCGGGCCCUUCUCUGCCCGGCCGGGACGCCUUCCCUGCUGAGAAGUGGAGUUGACAUCAGCCCCCACCCUGACCCCCUUUGUCCCGGUGUGUCAGCCCGCACAGUGGCUUCAUCUCAGCCCGCCCCCCUCCCCCCCCUCCCCACCGCACCCGCCUCCCCCCAAACUGGGCUCCCGCUCGCGGGAACUGGCAGAGCAACCCCAAAAGACGAUGAAAGACAAUGGCUGGAGACGGUCACACUCACCCACCCCCUGCGACAGCAGGGUGGGUCCACAUGACCUACUUUCAGACUCAAACCACCUUCUUCCAAAGGAAGAGCCUCGAGGGAGGGAUUGACGGAAGGUUCUCAAAGAUGCCUAUGUUAAGUGUAUGUUAUUGCGAUAAAGCUCAGACAGCUCUCUCUUUUACCAAAGACUUGCUUCAACCAAGAUCAGCCGUCCCCGGGGGUCCUUGCCCCAGACCGGACCCAUUUGGAGGGGGAAAUAGUGUCAUUGUUUGGAGACUUGAAGACCACAGGGGUGGGUCUUUCCCCUUCGCGGAGCUCCCCAAACUCCUUGUUAGGGGGACCUCACCUGGGCAGUUCUGGCCGAUCUGAGCUUCCCUACUGUGUCCUUGUCCGAGUUUUUAGGGCGGGAGCCACAUCUGAGCUAUCGAGAGAGAGGUUCGGGGUGCACUUUGGCCCACCUGUUGGCUCCCCCUUUCUGAGAAGAGAGUGUUCUGUUCCUGAGCCGAAGAGUUGGAGGAUGAGCCAGGGAAUGGCGAGACCUGGAGGGGCUGGGGUGGGGAGACAGUUUGUCUGCUAAAAGGACCUAGGGCUCUUCUUGAUUUGGCUACUUUGGAAGCCAAAUUGACAGUUGUGGCCAAAGCCUAGCGCCGCUCUCUUGGUCCGAUAAAAUCAUCCCUGAUGAGUCUUUUGGAGGAAGAUAAGGCAGCCCCUCUGCGUCCCUGAGUCCAUUCAUCCAUCCAAGCCAGAAACACUUUCCAAAACUUCUCUCACGUUCCCAUAGAUAGGUGAGCUUUGACUUUUCUGCCCUCUCUCCCUGCCUUUGGAGAUCCCCACUUUUCUCAGAGGGCAGAAACCAGGGCAUGGCUGGACUUCCCACAGAACAGUGGUCAUCAAGUAGAGGUCCGUGCGUGGCUGUGGGUCCAAGGGGUGUCCUCUCUCUUGCGUCUUCUCUGUGCCUUCCAGAGCGGCCUCUCGUGUUUAUACCUCCUCCCUCCGCUGCUUCUCACCCUGAACAAUCCCAGGCCGCCCCGGAGAGGGAGAGAGCUUCAAUGGAGUCUGGGGAAGGGGAUUCAGUGCAGCCACACUCCAAGACCCGGUUCGCCCCCGUCUUGGCUUAUCCUUCUCUUAGCAGGUUGGGAUACCAGACUGAGCCCUCCCCUGACCCUUACCCGUGUAGAUACUGGUUCCGAGACAGAACCAUUUAUACUCUAUAUUUAUAGUCGCACAGGUGCACAGCAUUUUUCAUAAGUUAUAUAGGUAGUAGUGUGAUUUGUGUUUUAUAGUGCUCUCACUGGGAAAUGAGGCCGGGUUCUACUAUGAAAUAUAAAGAAAGAGCACCUUUGUAUAUUUUGUACCGCCGUCUUUUCAACGUGUUUCUGUAGCUGCGCCCAUGCCACACCCCCUGUAAAUAUGUAAGUUAAACCUGGGCAGGGCUGUGGCCCUCUUUGCACACGAUUUUUUUUUUUUUUAAUUGGAUCCUUGUACCAGCCUUGAUUUGUAUUUUUUUUUUUUUUUUUUACUGGUUGUGGGAAGAGAGCAAUAAAGGAGACAAUCAAACCCCAAAGGAGUGCGCUGUUUUCAAUUACAGAGAAACAGAGGCUUCCUGGAUCUAGUUCCUGAAAAUGUGGGGUCUCUUUCCUCAGUUAACAUCACUACCCACCUCCCCAUCACCAGGUAAUUUGUAGGGUCCCUUGUUCAAGAAGCAGAGGGAAAUUGCCAUUAUAAGGUACUAAAUAUAAAGCUUUCCUUCAGUGGUCUCUCUCUUGACUUAGGGCUUUUAAAAAUGUUGCUGUGUAGUGCUAUUUUUUUUUUCUUUUUGCAAUUGCUUUAUUUCACUUAGCAUAAUGCCCUCAAGUUCAUCCAUGUUGUAGCAUAUGUCAGAAUUUCCUUCCCUUUUUUUUUUUUUAAUGUAAUUUAUUGUCAAGUUGGCUAACAUACAUUGUAUACAGCGUGCUCUUGGUCUUGGGGGUAGUUUCCCAUGAUUCAUCACUUACAUGCAACACCCAGUGCUCAUCCCAACAAGUGCCCUCCUCAAUGCCUAUCACCCGUUUUCGCCUCUCCCCUGCCCCCCACCGCAUCAACCCUCAGUUUGUUCUGUUUCGUGUAGUGCUAUGCUAAGUUAGAGUUUAAAUAAAUUUAAAUUAUUAGCAUCAA